AUGUUCACAACGGAUGCCGCUAACAAAAGAAUCUGGAGCUUGCGGCAGGGAAGGAUGCCGAGCUCGACGGAGGACGCUCCCAAGCCCUCCGCACUGACAACGCUCAUCUCCACAACGAGCAAGACCAAAUCUCCGGAUCCUCUCCAUGCGCUCACAACCCAGGUCUAUCACAACCUCCAACACCAACAUCUAUGGACAUCCCUAAGGAUCCACAACCCUUCAGAUUAUUCUUCACUACCAGGUUUUUCAGUCCCGUUGAUCUCUGGCAUUCCUCCGCAGCGCAUGUACACUCAUCCCGACGAACAACUGUGCCUACUCGACUUAGGCCUUCGAGAAGAGGAUCUCCCCUCCGAACGGCUAUGGGUUCUACCCAGCACACAGGGUCAGACAUGGACAUUGGGGAAACUAGCGACUGUUUUCGAUGCACUUCCGCCAAGGACUGGGGCCGACAUCUCAACUGGCACUGCUGAAGAAAUCAAAGAAAACGUUAACAAAGACAAGGAAGCCAAACUGGCAAAAUACUUCGAGAAAAAGCAAGAGGCGGAUAAACAGAAUAAAUGGGGCGGGAAACGCUUGCUACUCGCUAUGGUCGAUAGACUUGUUGGAGGUGACGGGACAGUUGUUUAUUAUGUUGUUCAAGAAGGCCAUGUGAAACCUCGCCAGAAUUGA